UCGGGAACACACGCAAGGCAAAGUGGUACUAUGGCUUCCAUUUAGUUCCACUGUCGCGGUUGGAUCCAUCUGCAAAAAUAUUACAACAUCCAUCAAACACAACAGAGUGUCCGUAUCUUGCAAAAGAAUCCGAGACAACCGAGACAACUGUGGCUGGAAAAAAGAGAGAUACUAGUGGCCGGGAGGAUGGUGAACCAGGAAAUUAUAUGUGGAGUAAUGAGACGCAGGCGAAGGAGAAUGAUACCAAGCGAAGAAAGAAAAUCCCGCCAGAGGGUUAUGUAUGUAAUAUAUGCAAAACUCCAGGUCAUUGGAUACAAGAAUGCCCAGAAAACAAGUCAAUUAAAGUUCCCGGUCCUGAAUACAUUUGUAAAAUAUGCGGAGAGAAAGGGCACUAUAUUUCUGACUGUAAAAACAAGAAAAUCGCCAAAAGAGAUUGUACGCGUCUUUCUAAAUCAAGUGAAUUUUUAUUGAUCUUCCGAUUGAUUGUCUUUUACUGA